AUGACAUUCAAGUCUUACCAAGUUGUUGAAGAAUUGGAAGAGGAAGAAGAAGAAACAAUGAAUAGUGAAGAUUUAUUCUCAUUCAGUGAAGAAAAUGAUGAUAAUAACGAUAAUGAUGAUAAUAACGAUAAUGAUAAUAAUAACGAUAAUGAUAAUGAUAGUGAUAUUGAUGACAGUGAAGAUAUCACAAUCGGUGACUAUGUUAUUGGUCAAGAUAAUGUUUCUCAAGGAUGUAAGAAUAAGAAGUCGAUUCUCGAUAAAGAACGUAUUCGUGAUAUUAUCAAGAACAGGAAGAAGCACAACAAGUCAACAUUCAUUCGUGGAAUCAGCAAGAAGAGGAACGGCAAGAAGUCUUUCCCAAGAUGGUAA